AAUUAAUUUAACAAUUUAAAUGGACAUCGAAUAAUAGGACGACAAUUGGAUGCCUCUCGAAUCCAAUCCUCAAGUUAUGAAUGAAUAAGCAAUCAAAUUUGGUAUCAUAGACUUCCUAUAUUGAGGCAUUAAUAUUGAUGUAGCAUAAUUCCAUGAUUUAUUGGGAUUCGAAGAUUGGGCUUUUGAGAUGAUACCCCAGCCUAUUUAUGGUGUUGUGUUUAAUUUCCCAAUUAAAGAGAACACAGAUCAAUUUGUCUAGCAAGAGGCAGAUCUAAUUCAAGAAAAAGGGUAUCAGAUAUAGACUUAUGUAGUCAACACGUAUCUCCAAAUCUGUUCUAUAUGAAAUAAUUGGCCAAGAAUGCUUGUGGCACAAUCGCGAUGGUUCAUGUUGCUCUGAAUGUUGACCCUGCUAUAAUUCAAGAGGGAAGUUAUUUGGCAGAGUUUAGAAAGAGUGUUUAAGGGAAGACUCCUCAAUAGAUCGGAGAAGCCUUCAAGUAGGCUAAGGAAUUGAAAUAGGUUCACAAGGAGGCUGUUGAAUAGGGGGAAAGCGCUUGUUGUGACGAAGUUGAUCGUCAUUUUGUUGCUUUUGUUUUAAAGGAGGGUGAUAUUUAUGAAUUGGAUGGAUGCAAAGUAAGUUGAGGUCAAUAAUUCAAUAGAAAUUCCCGAUCAAUCAUGGCAAGUCGACCCCAGAAACAUUUUUGGCUGAUGUUUCCAAAGUCAUCCAAAAGUUCUUCGAAAGAGAUCCCAAUGAAGUGUCAUUUUCUACAGUUGUUUUAGCAAAGGCUUUAUAGGAAUGAGAAUGCAUUAAUAUAUUAAAAAUUGUUGUAUUGUU